AUGGCCGUGGCGCCGCCCAUGCCAGCCGCAUUCCGUUGCCCAAUCUCCCUGGAGGUGAUGCGGUCACCGAUCAGCCUCCCCACCAGCGCCACGUACGACCGCGCCUCCAUGCAGUGGUGGCUCGAUUCCGGCCACCGCACCUGCCCCGCCACGCGGCUGCCGCUAGCGUCGACGGACCUGGUCCCGAACCUGCUCCUGCGCUGCCUCAUCCACCUGCACGCGGUCACACUACCGCCUUCGCCAUCACCCGAGCAGGUGCUGUCGCAGCUCGCGGCCGCGGACGGCGGCGCGGAGAAGGUCGUGCGCUCGCUCAUGGCCAAGAUCGCGCCGGAGAAGGGGAAGCGGGCGUCCGUCGCGUCCGCCGUCGCCGUGGACCUCGAUUCCGCGGUGCCGGCGCUCCUCUUCUUCGCGAAGGGCGGGGCGAGCGCCGACGCGCGCGUGGACUCCGUGAGGAUCCUGGCUCCCUUGCCGUGA